AUGAGUCAAGAUUCUAGCAAGAAACUCACUCCUGAGAUGAAUGCUUACGGGGUAAAGGUAAUGGGUCUGAAAUCCAAAACCCCAAAAUCUUCAAGGGUUUCCAAAUCAUCUCCUCAUACCAGUGAAAUCGCAAUUGCUCAAGGUAUCUCUCAACCAUCAUCUGAUCCGCACAAGAAGAAAGGGAAAAAGGCACGAUCCAAGUCAGAUGCGUCCAAAGCGAAGAGGAAGAUGGUAACGAGAGGCUCUGAGGCUACUCAGAGAGUGAAUUCCGAGGCUGAGAUCAACCCAAGUACGGGUGAUGAUGUUGAUGAUUCUCGUAUCACUGAAGUGUUGGAAACUCCUCUCAAGGAAGUUUUACAUGCAAAUGUAGAUCCAAUUGUUCCAUCACCAAGCAACAACCAAUCAAGCCACGGUGUUGAUACUUAUUGCAACAAGGAUUCUGAUCAUCUUGAGGAAGAGAAUGUCAAGAGACAGGUUCACAAAGAUAAUGCUGCUCCUGUUGUUGAUGAGACUCCAACUGAGGAGUUGGAUAAGUCAGAUACUGGUUCUGCUGCUCGGAAGCGCAAGAUUGGGAAACGAAUUCCAGAAAAUGUGCCUGCUGCUCCUUUGGAUAACAUUUCUUUUCACUCUGAAGAGAGUGUUGGUAAGUGGAAGUAUGUUUAUCAGCGCAGGAUUGCUCAAGAGAGGGAAUUGACUGGUGAGAUUCUGCAUUGUCAAGAAAUUAUGAAACUUCUUGAGGCUGCUGGGUUAUUGAAAACUGUUACUGAGAUAGGUGGCUGCUAUGACAAGUUGGUGAGAGAAUUUAUUGUGAAUGUGACUGCAAAUUGCACUGUUUCUGGGCAUCCUGAUUUCAGGAAAGUUUUUGUGCGUGGUAAGUGUGUCCAUUUUUCACCUGAGAUCAUUAACCAGUAUUUGGGAAGGAGCACGGUUGCCACAGGAAAUGGAGAGCUGUCAUUGAGUGCUAUCACUAAAGAACUCACGGCUGGUCAGACUAUGGUAUGGCCUGCUAAAGGAUUGCUGUCUUCUACUUAUUUGAGUGUGAAGUAUGCUAUCUUGAAUCGCAUUGGUGCUGCAAAUUGGGCUCCUACCACUCAUAGCUCAGAUGUUUCUUCAGGUUUGGCAAAAUUAAUUUAUCUGGUUGGAACUCAAACUCAGUUUGAUUUUGGUGAAUAUGUCUUUGCUCAAACUAUGAAGCAUGCUGAAACUUUUGCUGUCAGGCUUCCUAUUGGUUUUCCUUGUUUAAUUUGUGGGAUUAUUUUGAGUCAACAUCCUCAAAUUCUCCUUGAUGAUGAGGUUCCUAGCCAGAAAGCUAGUCUUCUCACUAUUGAUUCCAGGCUGCUAGCUGGUGCCCAUGUUUCUGAUGUUGCUGGUUUGGCUGAGAUGACUCAGGGGGAGGGUACUUCCUCUCAGAAGACUCCUGAGACUCCAAUUGCUGCGCUUAUUGCUGUGUCUAAGAUGCUUCAGGACACAAUUACUAGUUGUACAUUGAGGAAGAAGAAUGUGGACACUCUCAUUCUGCAGUUGACUAAAGGCAAGAGGCCUCUUGAAGACAAUGCUGCUGCUCAUGCUCAAGAUGAUGUUGGUACUUCUGAUGAUGAUACUACUAGUGAUUAG